AUGGAGCGCCAGGGCAGCGGCGGCCACAGCGACACCGACACGGACAGCGGCGACGAGACUGUCGUGGAGGGCUCUGUGGCGGAGAGUGAUGUGGAGGAAGAGGAGUUCCGUAGGAAGAGGUUGGCUUUUCUUAACAAGGACAUGGCUUUAACAACUGAGAUAAAUAUUGAUAAAGGAGCUUUUUCUCCAGAAAUUGGUUUUACACUAAAAACUGGUAUCCACACACAUUAUCACAGGGCAGAACUGAUAAAUCCAGUACUUCAAGAGGCAUACAUAUCUGACCAGUCUCAGUCCCUACUGAAGGAUUGGAUAAACCAUUCAUCACCUACUGAAAAUAUUUCUAAGCCUGGUUUUUCACUAACUUCUGCAGCAGAAGAACAGCAAAAUAAUUCUAUAGAUAUCAAAUUGAAUGGAUUUCAGAAGGAUUCAGAAGAGAUGCCACGAAGAUUAAGUAAUAAAGAUUGCUUUCCAGAAGAAAGCCUCUGUCUACAUGAUCCUGUGGAAGAUGUAAUAACAGUUCAAAAGGAGCAGAUACCAGAAGAUACAUUUCCACAUGUUUUAGAUAAUUGCCGCAAAACCUGCAUGACCAUUAUUGACACAGAUAACAGAGCAAAAGAGCAUUCCCUUAAUAAUGAUGCAGAUCUUUCACUGUCAUCCCUAGGGAAGAUUUUCAUGGGUGAACUCACUGAACAGAAUAUAGAGACUAGUGAGGUUGACAUCAGUAAUUUGUUGAGAUACCCUAGUGAUUCUGAGAGUCUUAAAAUUAAAAACCCAUUGCCUGACAAGUUGGAGUGUCAGGGUCAUGCCAGUUCCAUCAAUCCAUCAGCAGCUGAGAGCAGUGAUGCCCUGCCAGUGGAGCCUGUGGUGCCUCUGAAUGCCUUGUCAGGAUCAAUGGUACAAGCUGCCACUCCUGCAGUUGCAAAUGAGAGACAGCUUAAUGCCAAGGAAGAGCAGCUAAAUUCAGAAGCCAGUGUUCUGCAGGUAGAUGAUGACUGUACUCAAAUAACAAACGUGAUGGAGCCUCCUCAGAACGGAGCCUCUUCCAUUCAGAUGGAAGAAAUAAAUGCCUUCACAGGAUCUAAUUUGCAGAGCGCAGCAAAUGAGCAACCUGUGGGUGGUCAGCAGGCAGAGAAAGAAGUAAUUUCACAUUACUUGGAUGCCACUUUUAGUGAAAGACAAACUGGUGAGCUACAUUCGUAUUCAGUGGAGCCUGCAGUGUGUGCAGAAACAGCUCAAACAACGUCAAGUAAAAUUCAGAAGUCUACUUCUGAAGACAAGCAGGAUCUAGAAGCCAUCAUUUGGCAAGAAAUAAUUCUGAACGAGUAUGCAGAAGCUAAUCAGAGGAGAAGAAGCAAGAGAAUUGACAUCAAACAGAGACGAGAAGCCUUUGGUAGGAAUUCCAUAAAUCCAACUCGCCCCCUUUCACUUUCAACAAUCCACAGGAGGAAUGCGUAUGGUGAGAACUUACUGCAUAGAGCUGUUACUCAUCAAGACAUAAACCUUGUACGUAGGAUAAUAAAAGCCGGUGGAAAUGUAAAUGCUCAGGAUUAUGCUGGCUUGACUGCACUACAUAUAGCAAGUAUGGAAGGCUAUUAUGGGAUAGCAAAUCUGCUUUUGAAAGCAGGAGCUGAUGUUAAUGCUACACAAAAGGAACAAAUAACACCCUUGCAAGAUGCAGUUAAAGAAGGCCACUAUGAGGUGGCAAACUUAUUACUUUGGUAUGGAGCUGAUCCCUUAUUAAAAAAUCACGUGGGAAAGUGUGCAUUAGACGAAGCUUCUAACCCAUCUAUGAUGAAACUUCUUAAAAGUUAUGUAGCAAAAUCUAGAAGACGCUCAGUAGCAGGUGCAGGUGAUUCAAAGAGCAUGUUGAAUACUCAGUGUGUAGAAGAAACAAACCAGCACCAGAGUUCCUUACAGACAGGGGAGUCAGAACAAGUAUGUGCCAAUCCUCAGAAGACAAGCCAAAAAGCAAAAGCAGCCUCGUAUUUCAGUAGCAGCAACAACAAGGUUUCGUCUAAUCAAUCACAAUUAAGUCAAGCAUCAGAACAGCAAACAUCUAAGAAGUCAGAAUCUACCAGGGAAGAAGCUGUAAUUGUUCAUGGUACCCAUAAGAAAAGAGCUGGGAGAAAGACGAAAAUUAGGAGAAAUGCAACAGGGGAAACUCGGCUGCACAUUGCUGCUAAGAGAGGAGAUGUGUCUUUGGUGAAAACUCUAAUAUCAUCUGGAAUUUGUGUCAAUGAACAGGACUAUGCAGGUUGGACAGCAAUUCAUGAAGCCUCUAAUGGAGGAUUUACUGAUGUGAUCUUAGAAUUACUGAAAGCAGGUGCUGAUGUUAACAGCAGAAGUCUCUGUGGUGUUUUACCAAUACACGAUGCUGUUUCUGGCAAUUAUUUGGAGGCAGCCAGGAUUCUGCUGCAGCAUGGAGCAAAUCCCAAUGAGAGGAAUGGUUCAGGAGAGAGUGCUUUGAAUCAAGCUUGUAGUGAAGAAAUGAAAGAACUGCUGAAGUCUUAUGGUGCUAUGGACUCUGUUCCUAUUCAAACUGUUGAAGUUUCUGAGGUGAAGUCAAAACAUCAUUGUUAUGACUGUCAUAAAAACGAUGAUGCAGCUUUGGAGACACAACAUGAGAACUAUAGUGUGGAGUCUGUUGCUGCUGUACAGGAUACAGAAAAGAAGCAGGAAGAACUCUUGCUGUUUGAGUUGAGAACUUCCAAAGAUGCAGAUGUGUAUAUACGAAGGCUGUCUCAGAUACAAGAUAAUUUGAAUGAAAUACUUGCAAACCAGAAAACAGAGAGGGAUACCCUUGCUAAAAAAUACAGGGCUUCAGUGGAAUCAUUUAAAAAAGGUGCACUAAGGAAACAAUUAGUUUACCUUGCUUCUAGGCAAAAGAGCCUGUUGACUGUUGCCCAAAACCAGGAAAAAUUAGUGCAGAAAAUACAAAAUUUCAGAAAAACAAAGCAGACGUUCAAUUCAUCAUCAGAGAAGCAAAUCUCAGACUUAGUUAUUUUUCAUGGAAGUGAUGCAAGACAAAGUUUAACUGCUAAUGAAAUCAUAUGUCCUAAUGCAGUAACAUUUAGUAUGGGGCUUGAUGCCAGCACGCCUAAUGGAAACAGAGUUGAAGCACAUGUCUCUUUAGAAAAUAGAUUUUCAGCUCGGGAGUGCAUCCAGCAUCCACACAUCUGCUUGGAUGAGACAGGAGCAAAUAAAGAAGCAAUUGCAAGGAAAGAGGCUUCUGAUUGUGCUUUGGCAUCUGAAAACUGGGUAAGAGACCAUCCCUUUGACAACAUGUCAAAGCUGACAAAUGCUGCAGAAGUGAUGACAUUGCCUUCAGAACCUAUUAUUUCCACUGCUAAAACAAAGUGCUCACAGCAAAAAGACAUUGAUUGUGUAGCAAUUGUAGGACAAAGAAACAAGUCUUUAAAUCCCACUUCCAACACAUUAAAUAUUGUAGAACCCCGAAGCACUGUUGGCAAUAGGAAUGUCUAUCAGACAAGUAGUGACUGCAAGCAGGUUCUUUCACAUGAAGAUCUGCACAGAUAUAGUGGNAAGAAAGAAUCUUUACAGCAGCAGCCGCAGCAAGCAAUUUUGUUAGCAUCUACAAAGAACUUCUCUAAUACUUUGCAGCAAAUGGUCUUUCAGAGUGGUGAGAAUUCAUUUAAUGCCAACCCGAUGCUUACUAAUCUUACCUCAAAUACAGACUCUUCAGCAAAUACCAGUAAGAAAUCUUCACAGAGUUAUGCUAACCAGGAAUGGGAACAAAAACAAGUGACAUAUGGAUGGAAGAGUAAGAAAAAGCAUGAGUUGAUCGAUCUGCUUGAAUUAGGAAGGAUAAAGCCCGGAGAAAAUGUUCUAGAAUUCAAGCUGCAGGAAUUUAGUCAUAAAGCUACACUCUUAAAGAAUGGCAAGAUCAGAACCAGUAGAGGACAAAUACUACAGAAUCCAGUUCAGUGGGUUAAAGAUCUACUAGGAAGUGGUAUUUCUGUGACACGGAAUUAUGUGUGGAAUAAGGUUACGUAUCUUGGGACAGAGUUGUCAAAAUUCAGUGUUGGUGAAGCGUCAGUUUCCAGUGACCUGGAGUUACCAACGCAGAAAGGAAACCCUUUGAGCUCUUCUGUUCAGUUCAACUCAGUGGAAAGUCUGACACAUUUUCUUCAAUUCCAUGAGAUAGUAAUGGCACAUAAAGAGGAGUUUCUACCAUGCUCUGCAAUGGAAAAGCACUGGAGUUUCUACAAAGAAUGCAAAGAUUUUGGAUUCUAAAGACUUCUUGAGUGCUAAUACAUUUUCCUUUGCCAUCACUUAGAAGUAAAUAUUUGAGCUUUUAGAAUUAAGUAGUUUGCUACUGUCAUUUUGAGAAAUCAUUUUUCCAGCACAUGGGAUGAUGGAAAGAUUGUUCAGGUAAGUGAGGAGCAGGGAAGUACUUAGUAGAAGGUAAGAAUAACUGUUGAUAUUUAAUUUUGUGCUGCAAGAUUAAGAAAUGGGGAAGUAGAUAGGACUUCGAUGCUCAUUGUGAAUUAUAUUUCAGGUUGAUUGCUAGGUUUGAACUUUUAAGUUUUAAUUUAAGAUUAAAAUAAUUGCUCAUGCUUGGUGGGGCAGGACAAAAGCAGACAGGCAUCAACACUCACAGUCACUUCUUACACCUAAAUCUGGAACUGCUGUGGCU